AUGUACAUUCCUGUACUUAUUCUGUCAAUUUUUUGGACAAUUCGAAUCGAAGCGUGCAGUGGAGGGUCGGGAGGAUGUUGUAAAAAGUCCCCUCCGGUUGUGGUAAGCAUUUUGAAAGUUAAACUCUGCAAACUCUGAAUGAAUAUUGUAGAUCUGUGCGGUGUCCUAGAAGUCUGCAAAAUUUUUGGUGAAAUCUUGGAGUCUAAUACUUUGUUUUUGUGGUUGAAAGCUUUUUUGUACGACCACUCCCUGGAGUACUGUAGCGCUUGAAAGCUGGGGAUCACAAAAGUGCACUUUUGGAGUUCCAACUUUAAAGCGCUACAGUAGUCUUAAGGACGCUCGUACCAAAAAGUUGUCAACGACAAAAACACAAUACUAGACGUGAAGUUUUUCCAAAAAAUUUUGUAGACCUCUAGAACAGCGCAGAGAUGUACAGUAUUCAUUCAAAGUGGACAAAGAAGAUUUUACCGAUUUUGCCUUAAUUUCGAUAUUUCUUAUGAUUCUACUGUACUUUUGAACAACCCCAACUACAGUAAUCUUUCAGGUGAACUGUGGCGGCCAAUCGCAAUGUCAGCAGGGCUACGGAUGCGGUCAGUACGGAUGCGCGCGUCGGAAGGCGUUCGGCGGCCUGACGAAGAGAAUCGACGGAGUGCUCGUGGACGACGAGCUCGAGGAGCAAGCGGAAUUGGCGGACGCGAGUAGCAGACUGCGGCCGGAGCACGUGCACGCCCACAAUAUCAGCACGGACCGCCUCGUCAACCCGAACUUCAUCUUCCGGUCGUGCUGCGAGGCGAGGGGACUUCCCGAUGCUUGUCUGUCGCAUUGCCAUUUCAACACCUACACUGCAAAGACUGUGAGUUUGUUCUACACGGCUGGUACUUUAUUUCUCCAGUUUACCAUUUUUUGGUACCAUUAUUCCUAAGACUACUGUAGUCCUUGGAAGUUAGCACUUCAAUAUCUCACUUUGUCAGUCCUAACUUUCAAGCGCUACAGUACUCCAAGGACAGGUUGUAUGAAAACGUUGUCAACUACAAAAGUGUAGUACAGAUUAUAAACUUUAUCUUUGUAGUUGACAACUUUUUUAUAAAAUCACUCCCAAGUCUACUGUACUUCCUAGAAGUUAAUCACUCCAACGUAACCGUUGCAGCUCGAGCGAAUGUUCAACAAGCGAGACCGUUGCCCGAUCGAGGCCAUCAACGAGAUUCACUACUGCGCGGCGCAAGGAAUCGACCAUCGGCAGUGCUGCGAAUCGAACGGAGUCGGCGCCACGGCCGCCGGGACCAAGUGCCUCGCUUUCUGUGACCAGAGACCCAAUCGGUUCACCCCUGUGGACGCCUCCUAUCUGCCGUGUUACGAGGUGUUCGAGGGAAUGAAAGAGUGCUUCUACUAUGAGAUCAAGUGA